AUGAACCUCCACGAGGUCGUCCUCUGCGCAACUGCUCCGGCAGAGGGUUCAUCUGUCACCGCAGGCGCGCUGACAGUACACGACAUCAAAACAGGAACGUCACUAGCGUCCUUCAAACAAACGAACGCGCCGCGGCACUGCAACGCAUAUGUCGAGACCAACAAUGGGCAGGGAGGAUUCAUGCUCGCUGCACAGGCAGACAAGUCUAUCCUCAACGUCUACAACUUUCAAAAGGACCAGCUCGCGCUCAAGAUCGUCCUCCCCGAAAAGCUAUCAUGCAUAGCACUCGACCGCUCAGGCGCGUACUGCGCAGGAGGCACUGCUCAAGGACGCAUAUAUCUCUGGGAGGUCGCAUCUGGCAUCCUCUUCAACGCCUGGGACGCACACUAUCGCCAGGUCAACGUCCUCUGCUUCAGCCACGAUGGCUCGGCUCUCUUCUCUGGCAGUGAAGAUUCCGGUGUGGGCGUUUGGUCGAUGGCGAGAAUAUUGGAUGACGAACUACAAAACGAGCUUGUCGAGCCGCAUUGUACGCUCUCGGACCACACACUUCCAGUAACAGACAUUGUCUGUGGGAUUGGCGCGUUCCCAGCGUGCCGGGUGCUCACCGCAUCAGUGGACCACACAGUAAAGUUUUGGGACCUCUCGUCAUCAUCACUUUUGUGCACGUUCCACUUCCCCAAGCCGAUAUCGACGCUCGUUCUGGAUCCCACUGAGCGCCUCUUUUUCGCUGCCUCGGCAGACGGCUCGGUCCACCAAGUGAACCUUUUCCGAGAGCGCGCCGACCGUCCGGGUGGGCCCGCACUGGAAGCCGUCGGUGGCGGAGGCAUUAACGACACGAUCCGGAUCGAGGACUUUGACACGGCCGGCGGUGCGAGGCGCAAGCGGCUCAUCAGCGCGGGCGAGCCCAUAGCAUCGCUCGCACUCUCGCUCACGACGACGUUGCUCCUCGUCGGGACGGCCAAGAGCGGGCGCGUGCUCGUGUACGACGUCGCGUCGCACCAGCUCCUGCGAACGAUCUCGGCGCACAAAGAACGCGACAUGGGCGUUGUGUUCGUGUCGACGAUGCUCCGCCCACCAGACCUCGUCGGGCAUGUCACGCUCUCGAUGAGCGCAGGCGCAGCGUCUGGUGCGAGCGAGAAUAUCCCGGUGCGGCCUAUCGUGCCGUUUCAGCGGAUGCGCGACACAAAAGCUAGAGAUGCGCAUGAUGUGGCGGUAAUGCUGCCCGGGAGUGCGUGGGAGGAAGGCCGCGAUCCGCCUGCAUCAUACAGCUAUCCCGAGUUCGAUGAAGACUAUGCGCGCUUCGUAAGGCCCCAGGGCGCCGAACCUGCCGCUGCAGCGAUGCCGGCGCGGGUUGCAGAACUGGAGAGCGAGGUGGCGAAGCUGCGGGAGGAACUUGGCAAGGCCAAAGGAGUCAAUGACGCGAUGUGGGAAGCGGUGGUGCAGCGGAUGGUCAACGGUGGCGCGGGGUCAUCAGGCAAGGAAGGAGGAGCUACUAGCGCUAGUGAAGAAGGGAGCAGAAACGGUCGAGAAGGUGACGGGAGUAGCAGGGAAGGAGACCGGUCGCGCAAAAGGUUGCGAGGCUAGAGAUUUGGCUCCGCAUGUCAGCCAGUUAGCACUGGAGCGUACUGGCACGCCUGAAGGCAUGUUUCGGACGCCCGAUGGGUCAAGGGCCGCCCGCGCAUAUGGGUGUCUGGGCUGUCAGCGGACUGUCGGUUCUAGUCAGCCAUGACUGCUGUGUCGCACAAAAUUCACGUCGAAGGAGUGGUGUAAUUCGGCUUGAGAGGGAUAUCGAUUAUGCUGUAGGAGAGGUGAAACAUGUCCUUAGCUGCGCUGCUCAACAGGAACUUGG